AUGUUUUCCAUUGUACCACGCAUUAUUGCCGAGGAGAUUGGGCCCAUGAUGCGAAUGGCAGAUGAAUUUGCUCGUUGGCCUGCGGUGAUGACACGUUACAUGGGACAGCCCCUAACACGACUGGCCGAGUCUGAGGUCCACGACACUGAUAAAGAGUUCCGUGUUCGCAUGGAAAUGAAGGAAUUCAAACCAGAAGAAAUCAAGAUUUCUUCGGACAACAAUCGCGUCACAGUUACUGCAGAACAUGAGCAGAAGCAGGACGAAUGUGGACUAGUGCAGCGCCACGUUACUAGAAUUUUCAAAUUGCCGGAUAACGUUGACCCAAAGUCGAUCACAUCUACAUUGACCGACCAUGGAAUUCUCAGUAUCAGAGUUCAGAAGAAACCUUGCGAGGAACCAAAGGAGAUCCCUAUUCCUGUGAACAUCAAAUGCAAAGAGUGA